GGGGCCUGAGCGCUGCGGCGCGUGCGCGAGCGGUGCAGCACCGGCCGCGGGAGCUGGGAGUAUUAUGGGCUGUGGGUGCUGCUGAGCAAGAUGGAGUUGUCUGCAGUGGGCGAGCGGGUCUUCGCGGCCGAAUCCAUCAUCAAACGGCGGAUCCGAAAGGGGCGCAUCGAGUACCUGGUGAAAUGGAAGGGCUGGGCGAUCAAGUACAGCACCUGGGAGCCCGAGGAGAACAUCCUGGACUCGCGGCUCAUCGCCGCCUUCGAGCAGAAGGAGAGGGAGCGUGAGCUGUACGGGCCCAAGAAGAGGGGACCCAAACCCAAAACUUUCCUCCUGAAGGCGCGGGCCCAGGCCGAGGCCCUCCGCAUCAGCGAUGUGCAUUUCUCUGUCAAGCCGAGCGCCAGCGCCACCUCGUCGCCCAAGCUGCACUCGAGCGCCGCCGUGCACCGCCUCAAGAAGGACAUCCGCCGCUGCCACCGCAUGUCCCGCCGGCCCCUGCCCCGCCCGGACCCGCAGGGGGGCAACCCCGGCCUGCGCCCGCCCAUCUCGCCCUUCUCGGAGACGGUGCGCAUCAUCAACCGCAAGGUGAAGCCGCGGGAGCCCAAGCGGAACCGCAUCAUCCUCAACCUGAAGGUGAUCGACAAGGGCUCGGCCGCGGGGGCCGCGGGGCAGGGAGGCGGCGCCCUGGCGCGCCCCAAGGUGCCCUCGCGGAACCGCGUCAUCGGCAAGAGCAAGAAGUUCAGCGAGAGCAUCUUGCGCACGCAGAUCCGCCACAUGAAGUUCGGCUCCUUCGCGCUCUACAACAAGCCCCCGGCCAGUGCGCUGCAGCCCCCCGCGGCCAAGGCCGACCCGGCCGCGACCCCCACCCCGGGGCUGCUGCUGCCCACCCCCGCCGCGUCCUAUGACACCAGGAGCUCCGGCUCCUCGGGCUGCCCCUCGCCGGCCGCGCAGUCCCCCGACCCCGACGACGCGCCCCCCAAGCUGCUCCCCGAGACCCUGAGCCCGGCCGCCUCCACCUGGCGGGAGCCUGAGGUGCUCGACCUGUCCCUCCCCCCCGAGUCUGCCGCAGCCGCCAAGCGGAGCCUCCCAGAUGGUUCCCCAGUGGUUGGCCAGGCCCUGCCCGCAACCCCCGAGUCCGCUGGGGCCAGCGAGGCCGGGGACUGGCGCCCUGAGAUGUCACCCUGCUCCAACGUGGUGGUCACCGAUGUCACCAGCAACCUCCUGACCGUCACCAUCAAGGAAUUCUGCAACCCUGAGGAUUUCGAGAAGGUGGCCGCUGGGGUGGUGGGUGCUGCAGGGGUGGGCAGCAGUGGUGGGGCCAGCAAAUGAGGGACCCCUCCAAGAAGAAGGGUUGGGGCGGACCCCCCUGCCUCCCGCCCUCUGAUCUCACUUCCUCCCGCCCCACCUGCCCUCAGACACCUCCGCCUAUGCUUUGCUUGUGUCUAAUGGCUCAGUGAUGGCCCUGGGAUAGGGUUGGGCAGUUGGAACCUCAGAAGUGUGAGGGGUGGUCCUGGACCGGGUUGGGGCAGGGGCGGGGCAGGGGCACGGGAAACCUCCAUCAUGGCUCCUAGCACCCUCCCUGCCCAUGCACAGUGGAGCCUACUGGGUGACUUCUCGAGUCCCAGAACAUGGGGUUCAGCUGCCCUCCCCCAAAUCCCUCCCUUGUGUCUCUCCCCGCUUGCUUCCUGUUCUUGUGCAUAGCAUCUGGUUUCUCGGUGCUACCUGGCAGCUGAGGGGCCCCUCAGGAGACCAACGCCCUCCUGUGUGGGCCCUGUCUCCACCCUUCCCCAUAUACCUGGGCAGGGUGACCAGAGCUGCCUCAGCGCCAAAGGAGCUCAGAAGCCAGGCCAGCAGUGAGGGUCUCCACACUUACCUUUGGAUAAGACCACCCAGGCAGGCUCCCCUUACCUCACCUGACCCCAUCUUCCCAAACCCCCACCUGGGAGAUGGGAGGAGCUGGCAGGGACUUCACCUGCCAGAGCCUCCUCACAUCUAAAGGACCUUCAGUCCUCAACCAAAGGUGCUUCAGGAACCUGUUGUGUGUCUGUGUGCGAGCUGGGCCCUGGCCUUCCAAGUGACCCAUUUGUGGUUCCUUAGAACUGGGUCAUCGAAAGCCUGGGCCUGGGCCUUGGCCUGUCAGCUGGGCCUGGAAGCCAGCCUAGGUCUGGACCUGCUGGGAGUAUGCCCUCAUGCCCUUCUCCUUUUGGGUGGUCAUCCUGGCCUGUCGGACCUUCACUGCAGACCUGGCACAUUGUGGAUGGAGGUCGAGAGGGGAGACCCCCGCCCUGUGUUUCCCCUUCUUCCCUGGUCUUUGGGAGGAAGGAAGGAGGCUGGGGGUCUCUGGCCUUUCCCACCCCCUUCAUGGCUUCUGACCGCUGAGGUUUUAUCACAGCCCAGCCUGCUCGAAGCGGGAGGGGGCUCCGAGGCUUUGGGCAGCUUCUCUUUCCCUUUGCUGCCCAGGGACGGAGGCAUCCAUGCCAGUGGCAGAGCCCAGAGCCCCAGUGUAGGCCGGGCACCGACAAGACAGGCAGACCCAGAAAGGGGACUGGAGAGGGGCCUCAGGACCAGAGCCAGGCUCUGGUGCAUUUCUAGGGGCACUCCUGCCAGCCAGCCCUGAGCCACUGAAGGGUCUCAGUUUGGCACACAUCCUGCCUCCCUGCAUGGGACUCGGGGAACAUCUGGUUUUCACAGCAACAGAUACCUGUUGCCUCAUACCUGGGCUGGCAGUUGGGGGAGGCAGACAAGGGGUCCUGUUAGGUAGCAGAUGCCUUUUGUCCGAAGCACAAGAGAGCUUUUUCUUCCAAAUCUCUCUCUCUGGGGUCUUCAUGCCCCCCUGCUCCUGCCCACUCCCAGGAUGUUGAAUGAGGGACCCCCACAGGAUUUUGGGGGCUGGCUCCUUGACCCCUCGCCCUGCCCUUUGUGUUGGCUCUGUGGCCGUCCAAGUGCCAAGUGGCUUUGCCCCCUCUGCAGAUAAGGGCUGGUGUCUCUCCUCUGUCCUUAAGAGGUGGUUUUCCCAACCCUCAGCCCAGGUGAGUAGCCGCCUGGGUGCCAGUUACAGGUGUUUCCAGAGACCAUAGAAAUGUGUUUUCCCAAGAGUCUGUGUCAUUCGUGACUUUUUGUAACGAAGUUGUGUUUUCAGAGGUGAUUUUAUGACAGGAAAGUGAAAGAAUUAGUUUUGCAUAAAAACAAAAACAAAAAAAGGGGGGGAAAGUAAAAAAGAAUGAAAAAAAAUAUUGUGGGAUUCCUACAGGGCUGGGGGAGGGUGGGUAAAAAGAUAUUUAAAGGAAAAAAAAAAAAGUAAUGCAGUAAUUGCACAGGUGAGGAGGCAGCAGUGCUGGGACCUGGGCUGGAGGCCCGGGCUGGGCUUGUGGGUCCCCUGGUCACCACCUGCCCUCUCUCCUGGGCCGGGGGCAGGGUAAGCUCUCCCAACACUUGGGGCCCAGGCUCCACACCUGUCCUUGUUCAGAGAGAAAGCUAACAGCUGGUUCCAAGAGAACUAGCCAGAAGCUGCGAGGGGCAGCUGAGGUUUUGGAGUCACUGAGUUGGUUUUCUCCAGGAAGGCAGGUGAGCAGGUGCAGCUGGGUUUCUUCUCUUUUCCCUUCUCUUCCUAGCUUGCAGAGUCAUCUGUCCCUCCCACACCCCAUGGAGGUGUAUCACCCCUGAGCUCUCCUGCCCAGGUAUACUGGGCAUGCAGGCUCUGGGAGAACCUUAGGAGAUGGUGAUCCAGGGAGAAGAAACUGCCUGCCUCUUUUCUGCCCAAGCUUGGCAAGCAGGUCCCCUCGGUCCCACCUCCUGAGUGGCACCUGUAUGGUUGCACCCACCUCACAUGGCUCCGAGCAGCUGUGAGGUCAAGAGAAAGAAGAGCUCUCCUUACCUCUCUCCCAGGGUGCCUCUCAUGGAGUCCUCAAGCUCCACACUCGCUCUCUUGCACGGAUCAGCCUCCCUGCACCCCGCUGCUUCUCUAUUUGCCUAGUGACCAAACUGAAGGUGCAGUCUGGUUUGCUUUAUUUUUGUACGUGAGAUACCCCCUCAGCCUGCUCACUUCCCAUGUUUCGAUUUUGACUGGGGCAUUGGUCAUCUCCCUUGAAGUGCCGUCACAGGAAGCAGGUGAGGACUGGUCCUCUGAUAGAGCAAGCUGGGGCCCCUGCUCUGGCCCUCAGUUUGUUGUCUGUGAGAUGGGUGUGCUGGGGAAAUGGCCUGCCCACUAGGGCCCUCCAGCGUGUGCGCGCGCACACAUCAGGCUCUGAAGGAACACCACCUUUCCUGGGCCCUGGGAUGAGGUGAUGACCGCAGUCCCGCCACCCCCAGUGUGAGCUGAAUCCAGUUGGGGAAGAGUUCACCCCACUUCCAAGAGGAAGAAAUCAGGCAUCUGAGAGGUGAAGCACCCCAGCUGCUCUGACCUUUAGGGACAACCCCCCCACAGGCUGGCAGGCUCACCAGAGUCCAAGUUGGGGUCUUCCCCCAGGAUACAGGGGACUGGACCACCCCAACCUGAGGGGACUUGAGUAUGGCCUUUCCACCUUUUGGGUUUGCUUUGGUUUGGGGGUUUUUUGAUUGUUUUUGUUUUGCACUCACCCACUCUUAGCAGUGGCUCCUGCCAGCCCAGCUCCCAUGCACUAGCCCAAGGCAGUUCCUCUGGAGCUUACGUGGUUUAAGGAAUCACUUUAAAGAAGAAAAGUGUUUGAACUUUUGUUUUCCUCUGUAUCUUCUCUGAUUCAAAAAGCCCACAGUUUGGGGCUGAAGCUCUCCAGGAGAGGGUACCCCUACUCGGGCCCAUUCCUAUCUUAUGGAUAGUUACUAAGGUGCAGAAAUAGGGGAGCAGGCCAGUGCGGGACCUGAGGAUUCCCUCUCCCAGGCCUUCGAGUCCCCUGGCCCUCUGCCAGGGAGUCAGCAUCUCACUCCAACAGUGAGUGGCAGCCUGUGGGUUGAAAAGCUUCAGCCACACAAGGGGUACUGAUGGCCUCGUGGGCCCCCUUGCCAGAGGCCAAGGGAGAAGGGACAGUCUGAGGGCAGCCCCCUGCUACUGGCAGGAUAGGUUAGAGAUGGGGACUUUUUUCUUGGUUUUAAUUUAAAAAAGAAAAAAAGGCCUAAAGAAAUGUAUCUUUUUUUAAAUUUCCAAGAAGCUCAUUUAAUGAAUCGUGCACGAGUGAAUUCUCUCUCUCUCUCAUACACAUAUAUAGCUCUAUAUUUGGGAUGGGGUGCUGUCUUGUUUCCUCUCACUUAAAAAAUGAAGUGUUCUUGCCUUUGUCUGUGGUUCAGCCAUCCAGCUCCCAGCUGGCUAAACUUUGCCUCCAGUGGUUAAUGGUUAAAAGUGGGGGCCCUGGCAGGGUUGGCAGGAGACAGAAGUGUGGGUCCUGCCCUGAUGUGGGCUCAGCCCACCAGCUCCCUCCCCUGGAGGCUGUGGGUUUGGAGAAGACACUUGUUUUGGGUGUGGGUUUUGGUUCUGUUCUGAAUUUGAUUAUUUCUGGGGGUGGGGGGCCUUGUGCUGAUUAUUCUUGUCUUGUACGUUUUGUUCUGCUGCUCUUCAAUAUUGUAUCAAUGCCAGGAAGGGGGAGUGAGAAGCCUCUUUUGCCCUCCCCCCAAUAAAUUGUCACAUUCCGAAGCUAA